CAGGGGAAAGAGCAGAAAUCGGUAGCCAACCAAAGGGUAUGGGAGAGGCCUAUAUGGAAAACACUCCUGUUCAGUUGUCGAUAUCUAGUGGCAUGGAAGAUACAGGAAACUGUUUCACUGGGGAUGGAAUAAGAAAACUUCGAGUCAGUCGGGUCAAGGAUACCAUGACCGUGCAUGGUGAUUCAGAUGGUCAAAGUCUUCACAGUCAGAAGAAAGUCGAGUCCUCUUCCAUGCAAGCGUCUGGCCGGGAAAAUGAGAGUAGCUUUGCAUCCAUAGGAGAGGCAUUUGAUAAGGAGGGUAUAAAUGUAACACUAGGGGGUCAUCCCUAUGGCAAUGAGGACUCAAGUAUUAUGGCUUUUGACGAGAUCAACGAUGAACAUGAUAUUGGCCCUGGCUCCCAAGCCGUCGGUGGUGGCUACCAUCCUUAUGGCCAUCAGUCCCCAGUCCAAACAUCAGAGAUGCUAUUUGGACAAGAACUCGAGGCGUCUCAUACCAAUGUGGUUGUAAGUGCACGGCAGGUGGCGAAACCAAGGUCUGAAUCUCUUCAAAAGAACAAAACUGAUGCCAAAAUGCCAAGGAAAGAAGCUCCAACGAGCUUCCCAUCAAAUGUCAGGAGCUUAAUAUCAACUGGUAUGCUUGAUGGUGUUCCAGUGAAAUACAUGUCUCUCUCACGUGAGGAGCUUCGAGGAAUUAUCCAAGGCUCUGGGUAUCUAUGUGGAUGCGAGGACUGUAAUUUCUCAAAGGUGCUCAAUGCCUACGCUUUCGAGCGGCAUGCGGGAUGUAAAACAAAGCAUCCAAACAACCAUAUUUACUUUGAGAACGGAAAGACAAUCUAUCAGAUAGUUCAGGAACUGAGGAACACUCCUGAGAGCAUGUUGUUUGAUGUGAUCCAGACCGUCUUCGGGUCUCCGAUCAACCAGAAAGCAUUCCGGAGCUGGAAAGAGUCGUUUCAAGCGGCAACAAGGGAGCUUCAGAGAAUCUAUGGUAAGGAAGAUGGCUAGGAAGCAUUAGAGGUUCUAAAAUGGAGAAGAAAUGUAAGAUUGUAAACUCUGUGGGAUGUGUGAUGUAAAAAAAACGAAUGUAACUUUGACGAAAUGAUAUCAUCCAAUUAGGUUUGAUACCUCA